AAAUUAUUAAACAGAACAUGUAAACAAAUCACGUUUGAUACCAUUUGAACAUGUGACCGAUAAAUAGUGUUUUACGCAUGAAAUUAUGAUGAGUUGAUCUUUAAAAACGUUUGUAGCAUUUCAAACAGGGCAGGUAAUUGCGUGUUAAUAUGUGCCACAGAGUUUACCGAACCGAUCCACUUCACUGCUGUGUAAUAAUAACACAGUCUAGUAUUUGAGUAACAAUGAGAACCAAGCUAAAACUGAACCAUUUUUGUUUGUAGGCUGGUAGUCCUCAGAGAGGCACCGUUACUCUGACCUGAACUGCGCAAAAUGAGACCUCUCUGUUGUGGUCGCCACUCGGAAAGUUCAGAGCGUGUGAGCUUGUGUGUCAGUGGUUUCAGCAUUGUUGGAGGGUAAACCAUGUUUUCAGAACCACAGGAAAGUUGCCGACUGUCUGUUUUGUCAGAUAAAUAGUAGCUGAACCGCGUUUAGUACUAAAGAUAAGCACGAGUCUUAGCUUUAUCGCAUAACCACUUGGCCCUGCUGGCCUGCCGAGUUAGCGCCGUCUCACUGCAGUUCUGUGAUGUUAGUGCGCGAAUGAACUCGUCUCUCAUUAAUAUAAAAUAGAGAGCGGACAUCAUGGCCUCUUCCGGCACAGAGAAGACGGGAGAGGUCGAUCUUUCUCAGGUCAAGCAUUUCUCUUGUCGUUGUGAGGAUGCUGGACAGUCGCUAAAGUCUAAAAGCCUUCCUGCCCUCAGUGAGAGCCAGGCACUGGACCAGGAGGGCAAGAACACUCUACUGCCCCCUAAAGACGGGGACAAACUUCAGAUUACACCUCCCAACCAUCCCAGGACUGACCAAUCAGCUGCUACCUCUGGUGAUGUGGGUUUAAGCACUUCCCACAACUCAGAGGUGACUAAUCCCGUCCAGUCUCAGGACAGCAGUGGGUGGUUGCUUUCCUUGCGUUUCCCACGUUUUCCGGUUCGGCGUUACGUGAGGGUGAUUCUGUCUGACUCCCGAUGUUUCCUGUUCUGUAUGUGUUAUCUGACCUUUGUUCAGUCUCUCAUGGUGUCUGGGUAUCUCAGUAGCGUUAUCACCACCAUAGAGAAGCGCUACAGUCUGCGCAGCUCAGAGUCCGGCCUGCUGGUCAGCUGCUUCGACAUCGGAAGCCUGAUCGUCGUAGUUUUCAUCAGCUACUUUGGAGGGCGUGGCCAGAGACCCCGUUGGCUGGCUGUCGGGGGAGUGUUCAUCGCAGUGGGCGCUGCCCUCUUUUCAUUGCCCCACUUCAUCUCACCGUCCUAUCAGAUCAAGGAGUUGAAUGCCACUGCUGCAGGGGAGGGGCUUUGCUCCAGCUUGGCCAAUGGCAGCAGGGGCCAAGGGGUGGAGUCUUGCCCACCGAAUCAAGAGGGCAACGAACAUGCACUGUAUGUUGCCCUGUUCAUCUGUGCGCAGAUCCUGGUGGGUAUGGGGUCCACGCCCAUCUACACACUGGGGCCCACAUACCUGGAUGACAACGUGAAGAAAGAGAAUGCCUCCCUUUACCUGGCUAUCAUGUAUGUGAUGGGUGCAUUGGGCCCUGCUGUUGGGUACCUGUUGGGCGGAGUCCUGAUCGGGUUCUAUGUUCACCCCAGAACCACUGUGAGCAUUGACCAGAACGACCCACGCUUCGUUGGAAACUGGUGGAGUGGAUUUCUGCUUUGUGCAGUUGCGAUGCUGUUCGUUAUAUUUCCAAUGUUCGCCUUCCCAAAGAAGCUCCCACCACGACGCAAGAAGACCAGACAGAAGAAAAAAAAGAGUGUGGACGAUAUGUCAAGCGAAGAUGAGGUCAUGAAAGAGAAGAACCAGACUGUUGCUUCUUCCUUGAGCUUUGGCAAAGACAUUAAAGACCUGCCCAGGGCGGCCGUGCGAAUCCUGAGUAAUGUGACGUUUCUGUUUGUGAGUUUAUCUUACACGGCGGAAUGCGCCAUCGUCACCGCAUUCAUCACUUUCAUCCCAAAGUUUAUUGAGUCCCAGUUUGGCGUCCCAGCCUCCAGUGCCAGCAUUUACACUGGUGUGAUAAUUGUUCCCAGUGCCGGUGUGGGGAUAGUGUUGGGGGGGUACAUCAUUAAGAAGCUGAAGCUGGGAGCGAGGGAGUCGGCUAAACUGGCCAUGAUUUGCAGUGGAGUUUCUCUCCUCUGUUUCUCAACCCUCUUCAUCGUGGGAUGUGAGAGCAUCAAUCUCGGAGGCAUCAACAUACCAUACACCACCGGGCCCACACUGACUCUGUCCCAUAGGAAUCUGACUGGUAGCUGUAAUGUGAAUUGUGGCUGUAGGAUCCAUGAAUACGCCCCAGUGUGUGGAUCAGAUGGGAUCACCUACUUUAACCCCUGUCUCGCUGGCUGUACCAGCGCAGCCAAUCACAGCUCUGGCAUCAGGAACUACUCUGACUGCGCCUGUGUUCAGAGCAGACAGGUAAUCACUCCGUCUACUGGAAAGAAUGACCUGCAGGUGGUGAUUGUGAAAACGUACCUGAAUGAAAACGGCUACGCGCUAGCAGGGAAGUGUGAGCGCACCUGUGGAACACUGGUGACCUUCCUCAUCUUCCUCUUCAUCGUUACGCUCAUCACGGCCUGCGCACAGCCCUCCGCCAUCAUAGUCACCCUCAGCCUACAUACCCACUCCUAUCUACUUUGGCGCGGUCAUAGACACCACGUGUAUGCUGUGGCAGCAGGACUGUGGCGUCCAUGGUUCCUGUUGGGAGUAUGAUGUCACUUCCCUUCGCUUUGUGUACUUUGGCCUGGCCGCCAGCCUCAAGUUCCUGGGCUUUCUCUUCAUCUUCCUCACGUG